AUGGGUUCGAUUCUGUCAAGUAUAGUCGGCGGCGGAGAGGCGGCGGCAGCUGAGUCAGCAUCCGCCGAGACGUCUGAAUCAGCUCGCGUCACCGCGUUCCAUUCAGCUAACCGCUGGCAGCGCUACUUCAAUUCCUCCAAGCAACUUAAUAAACUGAUUGUGGUGGAUUUCUCGGCAACGUGGUGCGGUCCCUGCAAAUUCAUGGCGCCGGUCUUCAAUGAGAUGUCUUCCAAGUACACUGAUGUGGACUUUGCCAAAAUCGAUGUGGAUGAGCUCUCUGAUGUGGCGAAGGAAUUCAAGGUAGAGGCAAUGCCAACAUUUGUGCUGUUGAAGCAAGGGAAAGAAGUGGAGAGGGUGGUGGGAGCCAUGAAAGAUGAGCUCGAGAAGAAAAUCCUUGAGCACAGGGAAGCCCCAAAAUUUGCUGCUUAA